CUCCGACAACAUAACCUAAUUGACUCCAAGGCCGUAGCAUUAAACGGCUUAAUGAGUCAAGAUAAUCGCCAGAUAGCUUUAACUCAGUUCCGUUCGGGGCAAACGGCUAUUCUAGUUGCAACGGAUCUGGCUGCUAGGGGCCUUGAUAUCGCUGAUGUUGAUUUGGUUAUUAAUUUUGAUGUUCCAACUGGCAUCACAUGGUCGGAAGCCUUGAAGUCAUAUAUCCAUCGGGUUGGUAGAACAGCACGUGCGGGCCGACCCGGUAGAGCUAUUUCUUUAGUGACGCCUUACUCGGUCACUAGACUAAAGGCAAUCGAAUCCGCUUUGGGUCACCGCAUACCUCAGCUACGGUGGCCUGGAUCAUCUUGCUUAGAUCAUCGGCUCCGGGAUCUUGUUUUAGGUGCUAAUAAGCAAGCAAAAGCGUUCCGUGAAUCACGGUUCCCAUUUAAACCUUAA